UCAAAACUCUCCUCGCCCUGAAAGGAGCUUCAUCCAGGGUCCAGCUGCCCUCGGAUCUGCAGUGAGAGCGCAUGGGAGGAAUCGACUCACGCACCAGAGCACAUUCAGUGCACACAUCACAUAAACACAAGCGUGCACGGCGGGGUAGUGAGGGAGGGAGGGAGGGAGGGGAGGGAGUGAGAGCGCGAGACAGCGCGAGAAAGCGGGUCCCGCGCAUGCAACGCUUUGCGGGCUGCAGGAGCUCUCUUGCUGGUCCAUGAAUGCGCGCGUCCAGCCUGCCUCUUCCUUCACCUCAGCCCCGGGACGGCAAUGACAGGAUACCGAGAGCUGCAUGAUCUCAUAGAGGCUGCUUGAGCACCCCCCCCCCCCCGACCCCCCCACCCACCAUGCGCGGGGCCGGCAGAGAUUGCAGUGGAGAAUCAGCAGCCGCAGGCGCACGCACAAUGAAAAUUGGAUUACUACACCAUUGAUGCUCUUUGCAGCGUGGAAUUUCACUCAAUUCUUGUUAUUUUGGGGGGGUCACGCGCGGUGGAAAUUAUUGCUCUCCAGAUAUCGGGUGGUUUGUUUCCCCCCCUCCCACCCCCCUGCCGUGCAGCGUUUGAGAGUGAGAACCAUCCGAGGCUGCAGGCUUUCGCGGAGGGAAGAGGGGACUGUUGCAAUGUCAUCUCGCGCUACUAUUUUGGAGCUCUGUGGAAGGGAGAUGUUGGGCUGAAGUGGUUCGGAAGCAUGUCCCUCAAAAGGAGGAGCAGAAGGAGCAGCGGUUGGGGCCGCGGCGGCGGCGGCGGCAGUCAUGCUGCGCUGCUUUCCUUCGCUCUGCUGGUGGUGGUGACCUACAUCACCAACCCUGUGGUAGCUCAAAAGCAGCGAAGUGGAGGUGCCGCUGAGAAAGUGCCGGUCCUAAAUAUCGCGGUGAUCCUGGGACGCACGCGUUACAUCUCCGACCGAGACAUCCGGGCGCUGUGGAGCAAAGAGGAGCCCAUCGACGUCAACGUGGUCAGUCUACUCGUGAACGAGACCGACCCGAAAAGCAUCAUCACCCAUAUGUGCGACCUGAUGUCCGGGACAAAGAUCCACGGCGUGGUGUUUGGGGAUGGCACGGACCAGGAGGCCAUCGCCCAGAUAUUGGAUUUUAUUUCCUCGCAGACGCUCAUACCCAUCCUGGGCAUUCACGGGGGCUCAUCCAUGAUCAUGGCGGAUAAGGACGUGAAGUCCACAUUCUUCCAGUUUGGCGCUUCUAUCCAGCAGGAGGCUCUGCUGAUGCUGAACAUCAUGGAGGAGUACGACUGGCACAUCUUUUCCAUCGUUACGUCCAAGUUCCCCGGCUACCAGGAGUUCAUCAGCAUUCUAAAAACGACUGUCGACAACAGUUUUGUUGGCUGGGACCUGCAAAAUAUCAUCACUCUGGAUGCGGUGGAGGAAGAUAGCCGGUCUCAGAUCAUGCUGAAGAAGGUCCAGUCGCCGGUAGUUGUGCUCUACUGCUCCAAGGACGAGGCCGUCUACAUCCUGGAGGAGGCUCGCUCCCUGGGCCUCACCGGAUUCGGCUACAUCUGGAUCGUACCGUCUCUGACCACCGGCAACCCGGAAAUAACGCCCGAGGAGUUCCCGUCGGGAAUGAUUUCGGUCUCCUACGAUGACUGGGAUUAUCCGUUGGAGGCGCGCGUGCGCGACGCUUUGGGGAUCAUCACCUCGGCGGCGGCGGCCAUGUUGGAUGAGUACGGAGACAUCCCCGAAGCUCGGACGUCUUGUUACGGCCCGAUGGAAAAAACCAGCAAGCUUCCGCCUAGCGCGCUGCACAAGUACAUGAUGAACGUGACGUGGGAAGGCAGAGACUUGUCUUUCACGGACGAUGGAUAUCAAGAACAUCCGAAGUUGGUGGUCAUUGUUCUCAACAAAGAGAGAGAGUGGGAAAAGAUGGGGAAGCUGGACAACGGCAGCCUGACGCUGAAGUAUCCAGUGUGGCCGCGCUUCAACUCCUUUGGCGACGCCGAGCUUGACGACAACCACUUGUCCAUCGUCACGUUGGAGGAGAAGCCGUUUGUCAUCGUGGAGGAUGUCGAGAGACUGACCGGUACCUGCAUGAGGAACUCGGUGCCCUGCAGGAAACAUAUCAAAGACAACACAACUGAGGCUGGAGGGACAUACAUUAAGAAGUGCUGCAAAGGCUUCUGCAUUGACAUUUUGAAGAAGAUAGCCAAAUACGUCAAGUUCACCUAUGACCUGUACCUAGUAACCAAUGGCAAACACGGAAAGAAGAUUAACAACGUCUGGAAUGGGAUGGUGGGAGAGGUGGUCUAUAAGAAAGCCGUCAUGGCCGUCGGAUCUCUGACGAUCAAUGAGGAGCGUUCUGAGGUCAUCGAUUUCUCCGUCCCAUUCGUGGAAACUGGGAUCAGCGUCAUGGUGUCCCGUAGUAAUGGAACCGUGUCCCCUUCAGCCUUUCUUGAGCCAUUCAGUGCAUCAGUGUGGGUGAUGAUGUUUGUGAUGCUCCUACUGGUGACUGCGAUGGCUGUUUUCAUGUUUGAAUACAUCAGUCCUCUCGGCUUCAACCGAAACCUGGCGCAGGGGAAAGACCCCCACGGUCCCUCCUUCACCAUGGGCAAAGCGGUGUGGCUGCUCUGGGGUCUCGUCUUCAACAACUCCGUACCGGUGCAAAAUCCAAAGGGAACAACCAGCAAGUUUAUCGUGUCUGUGUGGGCCUUCUUCGCUGUCAUCUUCUUGGCUUCCUACACUGCCAACUUGGCCGCUUUCAUGAUCCAGGAAGAGUUUGUCGACCAAGUCACGGGGCUUUCUGACAACAAGUUUCAGAACCCGUAUGCGUACUCGCCCCCGUUCCGCUUCGGCACGGUUCCGAACGGAUCCACUGAGCGGAACAUCAGGAAGAACUACCCAUCCAUGCACCAGUACAUGGUCAAGUAUCACCAAACAGGAGUGCAGGAUGCUCUUGUCAGCCUAAAAUCUGGUAAACUGGAUGCCUUCAUCUAUGAUGCCGCGGUGUUGAACUACAUGGCUGGCAGAGAUGAGGGAUGUAAGCUGGUGACCAUUGGCAGCGGGUACAUCUUUGCCACCACCGGAUACGGCAUUGCUCUCCAAAAAGGAUCCUACUGGAAACGACAGGUGGAUCUGGCUAUUCUGGCCAUCAUUGGAGAUGGUGAAAUGGAAGAAUUAGAGGCUCAGUGGUUGACGGGCAUCUGCCACAAUGAGAAGAAUGAGGUGAUGUCCAGCCAACUGGACGUGGACAACAUGGCGGGGGUCUUCUACAUGCUGGCUACUGCCAUGGGGCUCUCCCUCAUCACUUUUGUCUCUGAGCAUCUCUUCUACUGGAGGCUCAGAUACUGCUUCACGGGGGUCUGCUCUGGCAGGCCGGGUCUUCUCUUCUCCAUCAGUCGGGGUAUCUGGAGUUGCAUCCACGGAGUUCACAUCGACAUGAAGAAGAAGACGGAUCUGGACUUUAGUCCGCAAGACAAGAUGAUGAAGCUCAUCCAGUCUGCCAAACACAUGACCAACAUGUCGAACCUGGCCGGCUCUCACAUGAACUCACCCAAACGCGAGUUCAUGCACUCCGCCGGCCCCAUGAUCAUGGACAUGAUGGCCGAGAAGGGCAAUUUCAUUUACGCCGACAACCGCAGCUACGCUCCCAAAGAUAUGAUGUACGGGGACGCGGGCGACUUGCCGUCGUACCUUGCGACCCGCCACAAAGACCACCUCAACAACUACAUCUUCCAGGGAGGCCAGCAUCCUCUCACUUUAAACGAUGCCAAUCCCAACUCGGUAGAGGUGGCAGUUACAGCUGACACGGUCCAGACCAACGCCAAACCGCCGCGGACCCUGUGGAAGAAGUCGGUUGACACGCUCCGCUCGGUGCCUCCGGGAACCUCGCCCAUGCCCGACAUGCUAAUGCCGGACCCUCGAAUGUCAAUGAAGACACAGCGCUACCUCCCCGAGGAUACGGCCCACUCCGACAUCUCCGACUGCUCCAGCAGAGCGGCUUCCUACAAGGACCCGGAAAACAACAAGCACCUGAAACCCAAGGACAACUUGAAGAAGAGACCCGUGACUUCCAAGUACCCGAGGGACUGUAGUGAGGUGGAACUGUCUUACUUAAAAACUAAACAGGUCAGCGGCGGUACCAACCAACUUGGGAGAGGAGGCGGAGAGAAAAUCUACACCAUUGACUCUGACCGAGAGAUGAGCUUGCACUCAGACCCCAUGCACUACCGAGAGACUCGCGGCCUUGCCGCCGAAGAUUUGGAGUACCCAGAAAUAUACUCGGACCAUAGCGAUAACUUUAGAAAAUGUGAGCAGCCCAUCAUCCAUCUGAACUCCUCACCGCUGCAUCACACCGAUGCGGAUCUUCUGCCAGACCAAACUUACGCGAAACACUACAGCAUGAAAGAGAAAAACCUUUCCCCGCAUGAAUCGAUUGAUCGUUACAAACAGACGCACUGCCGUGCCUGUUUGUCAAAGGUUACUGCUGGCUACCCUCCCGGAGGGACUUACACCCCUACGGGAUCCGCCUCGGCUUCUUCUACCCGCUCGCCAUAUAAUCGAUGUGAAGCGUGUCUCCACACGGCGAACCUGUACGACAUUAGCGAGGACCAGCUUCUGGCAGACCCCUUGGUGAGCCCCACCAUGCACCACCAACAGCAGCAGCCGCCGCAGCAGCAGCAACCCGAUGAAAUGUUUGGUCUGUACUGGCCGCAAACAGAUGGACCGCACGUCCAGAAGAGAAACCGCUUGAGGCUUAACCGCCAGCACUCCUUUGACAACAUAUUGCUCGAAAAACACAAGGAUUCAGACCUCGGCCGACCGGCGCGUAGUGUCAGCCUCAAGGAGAAAGAUCGUUUUCUGGACUCCGCAUCUGACUCGCACUACGCAAACCUCUUCGGCAUGCGUCCCUACUCCGGCAGACUGUUUGGCACCGGCUCCAAAUCGAUGAUGUUUAAUCACAACCUCGAGGAGAGCAAAAGGAGCAAGUCCCUGUACCCGGCCCAUGGCUCGGAAAACCCUUUCCUCAGCCACUCAUUGAGGGACGACACCAGCAGCAGACUGUUCCAUGGGCGGAGCUCCUCCGAUAUUUACAAACAGCUGGCGGUGGCUCCGCCGGCGGCGCUUCUUGGAGCGGCCCCCAUCAAAACGCGCAACGAUGCGAACAAUCUCCGCUCCUCCGCUAAAUCCGCCACCUCAUAUUGCUCGCGGGAUGGGCGGAUAGCGAACGACAUGUACAAGAAAGAGCAUGUGAUGCCUUACUCUGCCAAUAAGACUUGUGCGUACCCAGCCUCACGUGGCGUCCUUAACUCAGCUCAGUUCAGCAAUAGACGGGUGUAUAAAAAGAUCCCUAGUCUGGAGUCGGAUGUUUAAGUCAAAAAUCAUAUAUAUUCUCCUCCCUGAGUUUGUAUUAUAAUUUCGUACACACUACGGGAUGCCAUAGCCACGCAUUUCUUUUCGUGACGUUCGUUGUAUUCUCCAAGAAUCUUCACCCGUUUGGGUGUCAAUGUACAGCUUUUGUCUUUUCAGGUGAUAUCAUCGUUUUCUGUUCAUUCUCUACCGUGUAUUCAUCACUUGGCUGCUUGCGAGAGUACUUUGCCAUGAGGUGUUGCGCAAUACCUGGUUUUUACUAGGAAGCACGAUUUCAGAGAAGACUUUUGGGAAAAGAGAUGAUUGGUUGCGAUCGAACAAAUGGAGAAACAUCAUCAUGGAGGAUGACGGGAAUGUGCGACGGAUAAAGCACAGGUUCGGAUUUGUCUUUAAAACCAUCCUCCUGAUCCAUAUUUCUCCAACUUGCAGCAGGUGUAGGAUUAUUUACAGGGAAAACUAUAUUGGGCACAUGAAAUGUGUCGACCUGAAAUAGGGCCAUCUCAGGAGGGCAGGAUGCCACAACGAGCCAGUCCGACAGCCUGCUACUUAUUACAUUGAACAUAACAAGUGUGACAUAAUAUGGACACGAAUGGGCUCAAUGGCACAAGGGGGGGGAGAAUCUACCGUUUCGAAGCGGCGGUUUCGACCAAGCUUGGGAACUGUGAGCGGAGUAGUGUAGGUGCUACCAAUGAAAUAAUGUUUACAGACUGAUAAAAAGACAAAACUGACACAGUGGUAGACAAGCAGGAAAGACUGCUGCAAAGUACUGCUUUGUUUUUUUUUUGUUUUUAAUUCAAUUAAACUAUAAGAUUUUGAGAUUUUGUCACUUGGAAUCCACCUGCUUAAUUGUUAGCACCAUAACCGUUCGUUUUAAACCUCUUUCCUACAAUCGUUUUUAAAAAGCAAGGCUUUCUGAAAAACACCAGUCCAAAGCUGUCGAUUUAUUUUUGCAUGGUUUCUUUUUCGCCAUUGCAGCUGAGAAGAAAAAAAACACACACACACACAUUCUAAAAUCUAUGUUUCAAACAAAGGAGCCCCUUUGCAGCCAAAUGUGACGUAUGGAUGAUUGUACAAUCAAAACAUUGACCUUAGUCAAUGUUUAGAGGCGACUGCUGCAACAGAGCAAGAAGAGCAAAAAUGGGAAACGAGAGCGCGGCAAAUUGGUGGAAAAAGCUCAAAUCUAUUGAAAUUGUGGACUGGAUAAAAAGAUGCUUGAUUGUUCGAUGACCUCCUUGCAGAUGACAUACAGGGUACUUGUUAUUUUUGAAAAACAGGUGACUCCUCCCCCUCCCUUGCUCGAUCACUCCACUAGGGUGUAGUUUAUUUGAUUAUAUAUAUAUUUUUUUCUUUACACUGGAUAGUGUAAAUUGUACAGUAAUUACUCGGUCCUCAAUUGAUUUUCAUCCGGAGUCAAGCGGGGUUUCUUAUUUAUUGGUCACUUCAUACGUUAGGAUGUAUGUAUGAUGUGAGUCGGGCCAGAUGGGUGGUCCGAGUAUUGUGUGUGUGGGUAAGCUUGAAGACAAAAAGAAUCAUAGAAUCUUAUUUUUUCUUCAUUUCUGUUCUUUUUUGACACAUGCACACAUUGUACAAAUGACUGCACAGUUUUUUUUAAAUUUUUGGGUAGCAUUUUUUUUCCUCUGCACCAUCUACAGUUGAAAAAGAGAAAAUACAAGAAAAAAAAAUAGGCUUAUCUGAUUUCUUGAUUUGCCCGAUUGGAUUGACAGAGACAAAUUGUAUCAAAUGAAAUACCUCAGGAUGAUGAUGAGCAUUUUGGGGGAGAGCGUCAAUCAUAGCAACGCAAAAAGACACUGCCUAUUUUGUAGAAAACCAACCAAAAACAUUUUUUUUCUUUCUUUUUUUUUUAAUGUUCAUAGUGGCAGCACACAGAACCAAACUUGUUCUCCUUUUUGACAUGGUCAACGUCUUCCAAUUGAGGAGGGAAACGGGGGGGGGGGGGAUUGUGCUCAUGGAGGAGGGCGUGACUGUGACAUUUCUCCCUGUGCCAAAAAGUGCACUAUAACAGAAUGAUGUUAACUAAAUGUCCCAAUAUUUUGCCACCCUUUGAUGAAAAUGCUUUUUAUGUUGUUGUUGCUUUUUUUUUUUUUUAUAAAUUAUGGCAUUUGACUGCCUUUCAGUUGGAGCUCAACAACCACAUCAUCAUAUCACCCUUUCUUACUCUUGUACUGCUUCCUUCCAUUGCUUCAGAUGAACCCACUGACUGAUGAGUAAUACGUUGUCCUUCUUUUGCUUUUUUUUUUUUUUUGCAUCUUAUCUGCAUAUUGAUUAACAUGUAUUAUAUAUCUCCACACGUUGCUUGUGUGAGCUGAUGAGUGAAUGAGUGAACAAUGUAAAAAAAAAAAAAAAUGAUGUUGGAAGACACGGGCACCCAAACGCACCCUUGUGAUGACAACCCUGCUCUUUUUAAUGGAAAAAGAACAAAUAUUUUAAUUACAUUUAAUGAUAAAUAAUGAGGUGAUGGCAUGCAACCCCAAAUGUAACAAUGUUUUAUGUUUCUGUUUUGUUUCAUUUUGUCAUGAUUGUUAUGAUCACUAAUGCUUUGUAACCAGGUGUGAGUAUUUACAUAUUUGCGAGAGAUUGAGGGGGGGUGGGUGGGGAUUAUCUAUGUUUAACAUAAUGAAGACGCUGCUGCUGUUUUUGGGAAAAGUGUACUCGCUCAUUGGCGUGGGGUGGGGUCAUUAUCAGACCCUGUUUUGCUCAAUGGGAUUACAGGUCAGAGGUCAGGGCUUCAUUUGGGAUGGUGGGACAUCCUUGCUCUUCCUCCAUGGCAGGUGAGAAUUUUUAAAUGUACCACCAGCUCUCCUUCUUUCUUCCCACUCCUUCAUGUAUAGUCAGGACUUCCACCGAGAAGAAGACAAAAAAAAAAGGAAAAAAAAAACCCUUAACCUUUGAGUCUGCUCACCCUCCAAAGAUAUGAGACCUCUUUCUUUAUGGUUUGCUGUAGAAAAGCUUUGUUUUUGUUUUUUUGUUUUUUUUAAUUGUUAAUUUGGGUAAACUCAAAGACUUUUAAGGAACUAUUUUGAAUAUACUUAGAAAAUGACACCUGUAAACAUCACUUGUAAAUUCAUACUGAAAUACAUCAUCAUGGAGAAUUAUAAAUGAUAAAGAGUAAAGACAAUAUUUUUGGUGUGAAUUUCACAGGAGUUCUUCUGUGCACUCUCUCUCUCUUUAUCUCUCUCUUUCUCUCUCUUUCUUGCUAUCUCUCUCUUAUGUAGAGCAACUAGAAUAAAACUUUCACCAUUCACAA